AAAAGACGUUGUUUAUAUCACAAAUGCGAACUAGCCAAUGCAUUGUCGAGUGACAAUACCGUGUGCGCACAUGGAUCGUUAUGAGAAUGGAUCUGUCUGUCGCAAAAUGGAAACGUGCCGUAACGCUGGGUGCGGCAGAAGAAGAAGUACUUAUUUUAGCGGACCGCUUUCUCCAGAAGGGAUACCCGAAGAGAUUAGCCAACUUUCGCUAAGAAAAUCAUGGAAGUUUCCAAAUUGGCAGUCGUUAUGGCGCUCUUCGUCAUGCACGCGUAUGCCCAGUUGAGCCCCACGGCUGAUGAUGUCAUCGACAUGACGUACCUCCUGACCCCAGAUACACUGCAUUGGCCAGGACUAACAGGGUUUAACUACACUCGGAUUUCAAGGGGACCGGUUAAUAUGGCUGCUGGGUGGUUUGAAGACAAUGACUUUUGCGGACAAGAACAUCAAGGCACCCACAUGGACGCGCCUGCGCAUUUCAGCAAAGGCAAAUGGCGCUUGCAUGACAUCCCACCUCAUAGGUUUUUUGGGCCUGCAGUUCGCAUUGAUAUUUCUUCUCAGACAGCUCAGAAUAAUGAAUAUAACCUGCAAGUAGAGGACGUGCAAAAGUGGGAAAAAGAAAAUGGACCCAUUCUUGACAACGCUUUAGUGUUUAUCUACACCGGUUGGGGAAAGCACCAUGAUAAUCGCACGGCGUAUUAUGGGUACGGAAGCGCCGACAGCUGGUUAGAUGCUAAUGGAAAUCCUCUCCUUCACUUUCCCGCUGUUUCCGAGGAUGCCGCCAAAUGGAUUUCCUCGAACAAAAAAAUAGCUGGAAUAGGCACCGAUGGACCCUCAGUAGGCCCCAGUAAAACUAUGAUGGCCCACGUUCCUCUCCUUGAAAAGAACAUCUUCUCCCUCGAAAGUGUCGCAAACUUAGAUAAGCUGGCAACCACCGGUGACGCUGUCGCAGCACUUCCAGUCAAUGUCAAAGACGGCAGUGGCGCCCCCGUGCGAAUUGUCGCAUUCAAGAAAGCCCAGUUCAAGCCCGGACCCGAUGACGUCAUAGACUUGACCUACGCUCUGUCUAAUGAGACGGUUAUGUGGCCAGGAAGGAAUCCUUUCCAGUUGUUUGUUCUUGACAGGGGGUUAGUGAAUCUUGGUAACAACACCGUAUGGUUGGAACAGAACAGAUUCUGUACACCAGAGCAUGCAGGGACGCAUCUUGACGCGCCUGCGCACUUCAUAAAAGGUUCAUGGCGAACCCAUGAUAUUCCUGCGCACACUCUCAUCGGUCCCGCCGUCAGAGUGGACAUAUCCAAAAAAGCUGAAAAUAACCCGGACGCUGUCCUUACCGUCCAGGACUUGGAAGACUGGGAGAAGGAGAAUGGCCGAAUACCCGACAACGCCAUGGUGUUUCUUCACACUGGCUGGGGGAAAUUUUUUACCGAUUUCGAAAAAUACCUUGGCUCUACAAACCGGACCAAUUGGUUAAAUGAUGAAGGACAGCCACUCGUUCACUACCCAGGAUUUUCAGAGGCAGCAGCGAAAUGGUUGGUUAACAAUCGAAAUAUCAACGGAAUUGGCAGUGACACCAUAAGUUACGACGCAGGGCAAACGACGUCAUUUCCAGCGCACGUGGCCUUUCUUGGAGCCAAGAAGCUCGCGCUGGAGAAUGUGGCCAAUCUUGACAAGUUGCCGAACACCGGAACGACGGCCUUUGUUUUUCACAUGCUGUACAAGGACGGAAGUGGGGCCCCUACCAGAGUAGUUGCCAUCAAAAACAGCGCCAUCACUGCCGGUCAGGUUUCCAGCGGUGUUGACACAAGGUCCAUGUUUGUUGCUCUGAUGAUGCCUUUUUUCUUGAUUUUCUUUAGGUGCAUCUAAUGCUUGAAAUAUACCUGAUCCUGAUGUAAAAUAUUUUAAACGAAAAGGUUACGCAGUAGCAUCUAUUGUGAAAAUUAAUAUAGUUCAAUUAAAUCCUUUCUAUUCAUAGAAGAUUUAAAUUCAAACGCCUGACUCUUUAUUUGUUUGAAAUAAAAACUUUCCAACACGACCUCAGAAUGAUUAAUUUAUCCCCAUGUUGUGGUUUCAUAAACAUAGCUUUAUCCGGUCAAAACCAUAAGCAAUGUGUCUCUAACUACCGAUUCCUGCGUUUGUUUUUCAAGUGACCA